GACACGCGUGGAUGACAUAAUCUCUACUGCACAUCCUGGCCAGAAUUAAGUAAUGUCGUGAUUUUCUAACACGGAAAAGAUGUAGUCAGAGAGUUCCUGUUUUCCCCGCAGUUUCAGUAGCAAUUCUGUGGUUCUAUUAAGGGAGGCAGACACAGGGGCAAAGAUUCCCGGCAAAGGCUGGAGGUUCUGCUCAAGCUGCAGCAAGGAGGGGGAACAUAACCCAAAACGGAGUGUCUUCUACAUGGAAGUGGUCAUGGGACAAAGUACGUGUCCUAAGGAGGUGGAAAACUAUGUGGCAUCCAUGGUGCUGAGUGCAGUUGCUGACACGCUGGGAUAUAACAACGGGAAAUGGGAGUUCCAGCAGAGUGGCUCAGUCAUUCACAAGGAGCUGGCAGAGAAGGGGGGACUGGGCAACUUCAGCAUUCAAGGCUGGAGAGUCAGUGAUGACACCGUGAUGCACUUGGCCACGGCCGAAGCGCUGGUAGCUGCGGGGAGAAACCCACGCUUACAACAUCUCUACUUUCUGCUUGCAAGGAACUACAAGGAGUGCAUGAAUGACAUGGAGGGCAGGGCUCCAGGUGCCAUGUCUGUGGAAAGCACCAUGAAGCUGGAUCCGGAGCGGCCGAACGGCUGGCGGGUCCCGUUCAGCCCGCGGGCAGGAGGCUGCGGGGCCGCCAUGCGCGCCAUGUGCAUCGGGCUGCGCUUCUACCGCCCCGACCAGCUGGACACCCUGAUAAAAGUCAGCAUCGAGAGCGGCCGCAUGACCCACCACCACCCCACCGGCUACCUGGGGGCCCUGGCCUCAGCCCUCUUCACGGCUUAUGCAGUCAACAGCGUGCCCCCCGUGGCCUGGGGGAAGAGGCUGAUAGAGGUGCUGCCACAGGCAAAAGCCUACGUGCAGGAGUCUGACUUCUACGUGAAGGAGAACAUGGAGCAAUGGUACUACUUCGAAGAGCAGUGGAAAAAAUACCUGGCGGAGAGAGGCAUCUCAGACGGGGUCUCAUCACCCAAGUUCCCGCCCAAGUACGGCGUGGAGGAGAGAGAUGCGUUCUACACCUCCGUGAGCUACAGUGGCUGGGGGGGCAGCAGCGGGCACGACGCGCCCAUGAUCGCCUACGACGCCCUGCUGGGCGCGGGGGACUCCUGGACAGAGCUGGCUGACCGCGCCUUCUUCCACGGGGGCGACAGCGACUCCACGGCUGCCAUCGCCGCCAGCUGGUGGGGCGUCAUUCACGGCUUCCAGGGGGUUCCUCCCUCCCUCUACACCCACCUGGAGUACAAGGACCGCCUGGAGAAGGUAGCCAGGGACUUGUACAGCAUCGUCUAGGCAGGAGAUGGCAGGGACGCUUCCCCAGCGGCUGUCUUGUGCUCUCUUGCUUGGUUUGCAACCCCCCACCGGAUUAAACCUCGUGAAUGUAAGCCAGAGCCAGAGCCAGAGCUGCUUUUUCUCUGUGUGUUAGCUUCAGUGGGGAGGUCAUGUCGGUGCUACUUUGGGGCUGGUGGUUUGCUGGGAACACACAAUGGUCCCCCAAGACAUCCCUCGUGCACUGCAGCAGCAGGACAGGCAGAAAACCCCACUCAGGCUGCCCCAAACCAGCAUCUUGCUCCUUCAAGGGGAGCAGGGGUCACAAGUAGCCCAUUGUAUCUGGGGAUAACAGAGCUUUCUUAUAAAAUUAAUUUAACAAAGGAUAUUUUUUGUUUCAAAUGAAUGUGGAAAAAGUCCCUAAAUCCGACCUUAAAGCUGUGUGAACAGCGCAUUUUACCCGGUUCCACACCACUUCUGCAAUACAGGUAGGAAUGCAUCAUGUUACUUCCCCAUUUCAGUGAUAUGGGAAUUCAAGACUCUGGCCCAAAUCCUUACUUAAGGCUAAAGUGGGUAAUGAGAAUUAACAGGUUGCAUUUUACAUCAGCUUCUGUUGUGAACUGUAUUCUAUUUUCAUCAAGGUUACUAAAGGUAAUUUGCUUAACAUUUGUUAUGCAUAAUACCAUUAAAAUAAGGUUUUUCUUCAAAUCCAGA